UUUUACGGCCGCUCUCGAGUCUCCAACCUCCAUCACACAGCCAUGGCAUCGGAGAAGAAGCUCUCAAACCCUAUGAGGGAGAUCAAGGUGCAGAAGCUCGUCCUCAACAUUUCCGUCGGUGAAAGCGGUGAUCGUCUUACCCGUGCCGCCAAGGUCCUGGAACAACUGAGCAACCAAACUCCUGUUUUCUCCAAGGCUAGGUACACUGUGAGGUCUUUUGGUAUCAGGCGUAACGAGAAGAUUGCUUGCUACGUGACUGUGAGGGGUGAGAAGGCUAUGCAGCUUCUGGAGAGUGGAUUGAAGGUGAAGGAGUACGAGCUCUUGAGGAGGAACUUCAGUGAUACUGGCUGCUUUGGAUUUGGUAUACAGGAGCACAUUGAUCUCGGAAUUAAGUAUGAUCCUUCAACUGGUAUCUAUGGUAUGGACUUCUAUGUUGUUCUUGAGCGCCCUGGAUACCGAGUUGGUCGUCGUCGUAGAUGCAAAUCACGUGUUGGAAUCCAGCACAGAGUUACUAAGGAGGAUGCCAUGAAGUGGUUCCAAGUCAAGUAUGAAGGUGUCAUCCUCAACAAGUCUCAAACUAUUGCUUCUUAGAGAGUUCCCUUUCAUCCUUAGUUUUCAAUUUUGCUAGGUGCCGUUUGACUUUUGUGUAUCAGUUGUUACAACUUGUCUGAUCAAGAUUUAAGGUUACUAGUUUGAGAUAAUCCAAGUACUCUUGUCUCUUGGUUUUUUAUUGUUUUGGGCUAUUUGGACAAGCAGAUAGUGUUUUAAGUCAAUUAAUAUUUUACAUUUAG